UUGAUUCGUUUUUGUACCUUGUCCCAAAAUUAGUAAAAGAAGAAGACCACAGGUUGUAGUGUUUGGGGUUUGGGAGUAUGAUAAUGAUAUGUCAAAUUUAAACAAAGUUUAUCAGUACCAGUAUACAAAAUAACCACUGUGAAAGUGCAGCUAAUUUACUGUUUAACAAAAAGGCACCAAAUUGGAAGUGCAGCUAAUUGGAAAUACCUAUUGAAAACUGCAACAUUAUGAAUAACCAGUUAUUUUAUUUUGUGGACACUGUUCAGUCACCAAUAUACAACCAACCAUCAAUAGUAAAUAUGCCAGUAGUCAUGAAUACUAUUGCUCCCAUUACAUUCCUUUUGGAUAAUACCUUUAAUGUACCUAGACCCUUGCUUAGCUUUGACAAUCAAGCAACCAUUCCAUAUAAUACAAAUAACGGGUUUAUAAUAGCCUCUACAGUUCCUAACAAUACAUUUAACUAUAUGCCAAUGCCUAGUAUUAAGGUUGAAGGUGUGCAAGAAUCCUUGUGCAAUGUUUCUUCAAGUUACAGUGUUAAAGUAGAAAAUUCGCAAGGGUCCUCAUGUGAUGUUCCGGCAAGUGAACCUAUUAAAAUUGAAAAUUUGCCGGAGCCUGAUGUACAACCAUUAGCAAUUUGUAAAACUGAGAUUGCAGAAGCAAAUCCGUCUGAUUCAGCUGUAGUAGAUAUUACCUUUGAUGAUGUAUUAAGUGAGGAUGAAAAUAUUUGUGAUCAUUUGGACAUUAAAUGUGAAAUUCAAGAGGAAUAUGGUUCCGAUGCUAUAUCAGGAUCUUGUGUUUCCAAUUCUUCUGAUCAGACAUCUCCAAGAGAGAAUCCAAGUGCCACGCCAAUAACAGAAAGUAAAACUGAAAUUUGCAACUCUAAGGAAGCUUUUCUCAAUUAUAUAACAAAUGGUAGUGACUUACCCGAACAAAAUAUUACAAAUAAUGGAAUAUCCGAAGCAGCUGAUGAAGAUGGAGUUUUAUAUAUUAAUGGGACAGUCUUUAGUGAUAUUGACGUUUUGAAUGAUAAUUCCCUAAGACGAAAGGAGCCCUUCAGUCGCAAAAAAUUAUGGAAACCUGGUCAGUCUAGCGUCUCAGCUCCAGCGGACCCGGUAAAACCACAACUUACCUUGGAAGAAGUGAAGAAAUUGGUCUCUCUCAAAUGUAAUGAGUGUGAUUUCUCAACUCAAAAAGGCGUAUUAGACCUGAAAAGGCACAAGUUAAUCCACAAGGGUGUGAAAAUCUACAAGUGCGACGUGUGCUCGUACCAGACCUCGACCAGGAGUUACUUGCGGGUCCAUAUGUUGGUACACUUCAAGAACAAGCAAGUGAAGAUGCAUAAAUGCGUCAAGUGCGCUUAUGAGACGAGAGACUACAGCAACCUACUCAAGCACCGGCGGGUACAUCUGACCUCGGAAGAGUUGGACAAGUUGCCUUACCAUCAUUGCAGUUACUGCAACUACAGAACGAAAUUCAAAGACAUAUGCCUCAAGCACGAGCGUAUCCACAAGAAGCCCGGCGAGAUCCGCAUGUACCAGUGCGACAAGUGUCCGUUUUAUAGCAGGUACGGGCUCCACAAACACAAGCUCGUCCACAAAGAAAUCACAGAGUUGGACUUUCUGCAGUGCGGUAGCUGUUCCUAUCUCACGUUAUGUAAAAGAGCGUUGAACGAGCACAUGAUCAAGCACAAAAGCCCCGACGAGCUCGAAUGGUUUUACUGUAACGAAUGCGACUUUAAGUCUCCGCUGAAGAGAAAGUUGAAGUGUCACAUAAUGGUGAGGCACCUGGCGCCAGCAAAUAAGAAGUCGAAGUCCUUCAAAUGUCACAUCUGCACGUACGCCUCUAAUAACAAGAACAAUCUGAAAAGCCAUUUGUUGAGGCAUCAGGAUCCGGCGGAUUGCCAGUUGUUUGCGUGCGCCACAUGUGACUAUACGACGCGGUUAAAAGAGGACUUGAGGUUGCACGUCAAGCGACAUUUGAAGCAGAGGGAGAAAGAGAUAGAGACUUGAUUUUGAAUUGCAUAGUUCUAGUUUCAAAUAAAGAUAAAACAAACUUA